AUGGACUCGUCGAUUCAGGAUCCCUUGGUCGGAUCCGAAGCCGAGGCACAAGAAAUACUGGGCGGAAACGGAAUUUCCGAGCCACCUUUGAUUGGUGGAGGCCUGAGUGCGGGGGGGGCACUUUAUCCUCGGGGUCUUCAGCAUGAGGGAGCGGAAGCAGGCGAAACAUCGCCGUUGACAGACGAAAACCGAAAUGGUGCGCCCCCAAGGGCCGAUGAAAUUGACGAUUGGGAGGGAGUUCCAUGGUACCGCAAACCGUCUGUUUUUUGGCUGCUGCCACCGUUUUGCUUGUUCACUAUGGCAUUUGGCGGUGCUGGUGUACCACGGCUGAACGUUAUCCUAGCUCUUAUAUGCCAGCAAUAUUAUACAGAUACUGGAUAUACGGGAAAUCCCAUCCUACCUGUUCUAAUGGGAGGUGACAAUGACAAACAUUGCAAAGAACCCGAGGUUCAAGCUCUUGUCUCGAAGUUCACGUUAUAUAUGAGCCUUGUUGCAGGCAUUUUUAGUGCGCUUACCUCCCCAAGGCUAGGGUCUCUAUCGGACCGCCACGGAAGAAGACUUGCCAUGGCAUUUUCUUCUUUUGGUAUGCUUGCGAGUGAAAUCACUACUAUUUUGGCAGUGAAAUAUCCAGACCUCUUCAGCGUGAAUAUUCUGCUUUUGGGGUCACUGGUUGAUGGCCUCUGUGGCAGCUUCAUGCUAGGGAUGGCAUUAUCGUACUCAUAUGGGGCAGACUGCACAUCCCCUGCUCGGCGUGCUGUGGCCUUUGGAUAUUUUCAAGGAUGUCUUUUCCUCGGAAUAGCCAUCGGGCCAGUGCUUGGGGGUUUAUUAAUCGAAAGGACGAAUAACAUACUAUCCGUGUUUUAUUCCGCAUUGGGGGCACAUGCUGUUUUUAUAGCCUAUGUCACGUUUUUCAUGCCAGAAUCUUUAUCCGAGCGCCGGAUGGUACUUGCGAGGGAAAAUCAUGAACGCGAGCGGAUGGAACGGCAAGAGGGAGCCCCUAAACAUUGGUGGAACUCUCUUAAUCCAAUAAACUUCCUGCGACCUCUCACAAUCCUAUUCCCAACCGGGCGGGGUUCAAGUGCAAGGCUGCGAUUGAAUUUGAUGCUUUUGGCUGCUACUGAUUGCGUCCUCUUUGGGGUCGGAAUUGGAAGUAUUACUGUGAUUCUGAUAUACGCAGAAGCAAAGUUUGAUUGGGGAAAUUUCGAGUCAUCCAUAUAUGUUUCUAUUGUAAACUGCUUUAGGGUCACGAUGUUGUUUGUACUGCUUCCCCUGGUGGUCACCUUCUUUCGUCGUGGAUCGACGGCACAAAACCCACUCAAGGGAUGCGAUACACUUGAUAUUAAGUAUGGCUGAUCUUAUGUCACAUUUCUACUCACCCGAGACUCUUAAUCUGAUGUGAAACAUAGCUUGAUCCGGUUCUCGAUUGCUGUUGAGACUGCGGGAUAUCUUUGUUACGCGCUCGCACAGAGCGGGGGCCAGUUUACAACUGCUGGCGUAUUAACGGCUCUUGGAGGAAUUGGCUCACCAACUUUGCAA